AUUCCAUAAGCCGCCACACAAAUAAACUCCCACGCACACACCCACCCACCCACCAGCCACUACAUCCCCCACUCAAAAUAAAAUACAUUCAAUCCUCACAAAACACAAUAACGUACCAAUGGGUUGCAACUCCUCAAAGAGAAUCGAUGUCGCCGUCGACGUCUACCGUCCACCUCCUUCCAGCAUCGCCGUAUUCGACGUCAAUGGCAUCCAAGAGCCCUGGCUCAUGGUGGAGCAUGAUGCAUCGGAGGAGGAAAAUGAAAAGACCUCUCACGUGCCUAAUCCCCUGCUUGAGAAGCUCAACACGCUCGAGACCACCGAUGCUCCUCACUCAUGGGAGGAAGUUAGCAAAGUUCUAGAGAAUCUCAAGCCCACCGCCGUCCCCGCCGCCCUGUCGCCAAAAAAAGACACAGCUCCGCCUCCGCCCCCUCCUGCCGCUUCAAUUAAAAAACAGGGGUUUCACACGCUCGAAGAGCUUGAGGAGAAGUUGUCUCCAAAGCCGAAUCAAACUGAAUUGAAGAAGCCGGGGCCGAUUAAGACCCAGAAGAAAGAGUUCAAGAAGCUGGAGGACCGAGUUGUGACAGAGUCAAGAACAGAGUCGAAGACCGAGUUGGUUGUGAAGCCAUUGAAGCAGAAUAUAUUCAUAGUGAAAGACAGAUUGGAGAGAGAGCAAGAAGGGAAAGCCGCGAUAUACGAUAAGUUGAUGAGCCUCAAGCGGGACCCACUCGCGCAAUUCGAGGAGAAGUGUCCACCUGGAGGAGGAAAUUCCGUCGUCCUCUACACGACGUCGUUGCGGGGUGUGCGGAAGACGUUCGAUGACUGUUGCCGAGUCAAGACGAUUCUGGAGGGUCACCGAGUCGUGUUCGACGAGAGGGACGUGUCGUUGCACGGUGGAUUCCUCGGCGAGUUGAAGGAGUUGUUGGGGGAGGAGGCCACUGUGCCGCGGCUCUUUGUGAAGGGGAGGUAUUUAGGGGCGGCGGAACAGGUGGUGGAGAUUAACGAGUCGGGUAAACUCGGGAGAAUACUGAGUUACGCAGGUGUGGAUAGAGGGGUUGGAAGACAAGCGUGCGAAGGGUGUGGUGGCGCGAGGUUUGUGCCUUGUUUGGAUUGUGGUGGGAGUUGUAAAGUGGUGAUUGGUGAUACGAAGGAAAGGUGUGGGAAGUGUAAUGAGAAUGGGUUGGUUCACUGUCCAGCUUGUCUGUAGUGGGCUUUGCUUGUUUAUAAUUUUUGUAGAUCGUCUGUUUAUGUGUUUUGUUUUCAUAAAAGAUUGUGGUUCAUGUUAAUGGGAUUUGGGCUUUUCUUAAGGUAUAAAAGUGAAGGCCCAUUAUUAGUA